AUGCUUCGCGAGCUUCUGUAUGGCAUCACCGGCUUGAUCCUGCUGGCAUAUGCCGCAGAUUUCUUUUACAACACAGGAGAUGAUCCCAAUGAACCGAUCCGCAUACGUUCGAGAUUCCCACUCAUCGGACACGUUCUGGGGCUGAUGAGCCAAGGGCCAACAUACUACAGAACGACGAGCAACUCCAUCGAGGCCGAGAUUUACACGCUGGGAUGCUUCAACUUCAAAGUGUACAUCAGUGCUACCAGCCGUCUACUGCCCUUCAUUCAAAAGAAAUCGAGGGCGCUCUCCUUCCGUCCCUUUCUCCAGCUCGUCGCACGAAAGUACGGCGAUGCCUCUGAUGCAGCGUAUGAGAUCUUUGGCGGCAGUCUGCCCGAUGAUCUGAGCCAGUCGGUCAAGAUGUGUCUAGCUCCAGGGCGUCACCUCGACGACCUCAGUCUACGAAUGGGCAAGAGAGUCUUAGUCGACAUCGAUGACUUGCUGUCCUCUGGGGAGAAGGCACCUUUGCUGUCGUGGGCUAGGCACGCUGUUGUUCAAGCAACAAGCUGCGCCGUCUACGGAGAAGACCACCCAUUUCUCGAUCGAGAAGUCGAGAGCUCGUACUGGAAAUGGAUGACAUAUCUCACCGCGCAUCUAGUCGGCUGGCUGGACGUGACGAAAAAGGGAUACGCGGCACGAGAAAAGGUCUUCAAGUCAUACAUCAAGUACUGUAAGAAGAUCCCCGAAGAGAGCUCCUUUCUCAUGAAGGAACACCAGCGCGUCCUCUCGGAGGCCGGCAUAUCCAGCACCGACAAGGCCAAGCAGGCCGCCAUCUUCACCAUCGCCUCCUUCAGCAACUCAGCCCCGACGCUGUACUGGACUCUGUGGGAACUUUUCUCCCGCCCCGAGAUCCUCGAUGAGGUGAGAGAAGAGCUCAUGCGACACGCCGUCGUCAAGACGGCAGAGGGCGAGUUUGCACUCGACGUCGCGGCGCUCAAGUCCCAGUGUCCGCUCGUGCUCUCGGUGCUACAGGAGACGCAGAGGACUCGCCACGUCAAUCCCAGCUUCCGCAAGGUCCUCUCAGAUACCCUGCUUGACGACAAGUACCUCCUCAGAGAGGGCAAUUACCUGCAGGUGCCCGGGAACGUUAUCCACAGCGAGACGGGCAUAUGGGGUCCCACGGCUCUGCAGUUUGAUCCAUACAGGUUUAUGCCCAGGGAAGGCGAGAAACCUGCAUCGUUCGCUAGCGGGUUUGUCCCGUGGGGUGCUGCGCCGUAUCUGUGUCCCGCUAGACAGUUUGCUGCCACGGAGAUCCUCAUCAUCGUUGCGCUGAUUGCCAUGAGGGCUGAUUUGACGCCUGAGGGUGGUGCUUGGGAGAAGGAUCCGGCUCUGAAUCAUGCGGAUCUUGCUACCCUGUCGCCGCCGGUGAAGGAGGUUAAUGUGCGUGUCGGGGUUCGACGGGAGUGGGCUGGCAGGUGGACAGUCAAGAUGGGGGAGAGUCGGAGCCGUGUUCCGCUUGCUUCUGGGUAG